AUGGAUAGACCUAUCAACAAGUAUAUAAACUAUAGGGCAUCACACGAUACACUUUCACAAUUGCCUACCGUGCCACAAGUUAUUAAACCAAAAGGACCCUAUAAUAAACACUAUGAUAUUCCAAUUAUCAUUUUCGCUUCAAGAAUGAACGAAAGGCAUUGCUCAAUUUUAUUCUCAGAUUUAACCAAAAUUAGUUCCAAAUCAACUGUGAGGUAUCAUUGCUCUCCUUGGAAUUCAAAGUUACCUGAUUGCAUACUUGAUGACUCACCUAUAUUUCCUGAUGAAUUAUUUUCUUGCCAUAUACAUUCAAAUAAUAUUGUUGGGGAGGAGACUUCUCUGGAACACCUUCAUAACUUAAUUGAAAAUUAUACUAAAGAUCAUAAUAUCGUUUUGGCAAGAUUACAAUUUGAUGUAAGAGCAAGAAGUAAUAAAUAUUUAGAGGGAAUGGGGGUCUCUUGCAAAAUAGUUUUAGCGUCCAACAAAAUUAGGACUCUUAGAAUAGACCAUCUUGCUUCAAAUGUUGAGGACCUCAUGUUUGGGAUUGAAAAUCAAUUUCUUAAAUUGUUGGAAAGAAUGAAUGAACGAGUAUCAGAACCAUUUAAAAACAGAUUAAUUACUUCAUUGGAAUUGGGAAAUUUUAUAGAAAGAAGAUGUGUUUCUGAUAGGGUUAUCCAAGACACCCAAAGUCUGCUUUACAAAGAUAGUCAAAGUUUUGAUGUAUCACGAAAUGAAACUCAAUUUAGUGAAAACAUUAUUCAAUCUCGGAAUGGACAAGCAUCCAGUGGUCUUGACAACAAUAGAUUCAGAUCCAGAAGAAACGUUUCUUUAACACAUACCCCACCGCGGGAAGAUGAAGAAACAAGUGAUUUUGAUGACUUUGUUACUUGUUCUUCACAAUCCAAACCACAAACAGAUGAAAGUGGCUUACUGAGUCUUUUAACACCAGCAUCAACAACAAUAUCUCAAGAUAUAAGAAGUGAUUCAACUACAUCAAAACCGACUACUCCAACAAAAUUGAGAAAAAUAACAGUUUCGGAAAAUCGAAUUACACGUCCGUUACAACCACCACCACCAAAGUAUCACAAUAAAUUAACAUUCAAUAGCGUAAUUGAUUUCAAACAAUAUUGCAAGAAUCAUGAAGUAAUUGAGUCACAAAAUUUCGAAUUGAAAAAUAAUAUCAGCUUAGCUAUAUAUCCUUUGGAGCCGAUUGUUACUGAAGCAAUAGGAAGACCCAUUAGAUUACUGCCUUUCCAAGUACGUUUAAGAGACUCAGAAGGUGGUAAGUUAAUCCUAGAAUUUGACGAAGUAUCUAAUCAAUGUACUUUUUUAAAUUUGAAGGCUCAAGAAUUUAUGAUAGAAUAUGAUACUUUCGGUAGAGUUGAACAUGGAUUUAAAGGUAUAGAAAUCAAAAAUCACUCAAGUAUAGUGAUUAGUCGUAAGUUUAGGAUACUCAAUGGUAUUAAAGUCCCUUAUUUUACCAUUGUCGAUAUAUAG